GACCGCCAUUAAGGGCGCUCGUUCUCACUCUUUCUCUCUCGCGGUGCGAUCAGAUCGCCGGAAUUGGGGUUCGUUCCUCGCCGGUUAAGAGUUCCGGUAGGAUGUUUGGGCGGGGGCCGAAGAAGAGCGGCAAUAGGACGUACUAUGAGAUCCUUGGAGUUUGCAAGAAUGCUUCGCAGGAUGGCGGCCAUCAAGAGCCAUCUCGAUAAGGGCGGUGAUCCGGAGAAGGGUUUUAGCUGAAUUGGUGGUGUUAAAUCUGAAAUUUUGGACAAUCUUUGUUCUUUUUCGAUCUCUUUUCUUCGCUUGUUCAGUAUUCCUUGCUCGAUAUAUACGGAAAAAAAAAAAGCAUUUUUGGUUCCUUUUUUCCUAACUCAAGUUAAUGGAGGUGAAUCUGAGGCAAAACGGACAGGCCGAUGUCGAAGAGGAUUAUCUGUUGCUUGAUUUGGAUAGUGUUUGUCUACAGGCUGAUAUUCCAGCAAAUGCCUCUUAUGUUCUUUCGGGAUUGGACACACCUCAUCCUGUGUUGACCAUUGCAAAUCAUCUAAAGCUAAUAGGAGAGUACCAAGAAACAAUAGGGACAUGCUAUGUCUUCUCAGAAAGAGAAAACCAUAUAUCUGAAACAAACUUCCCCAAGGACACAGCUAUUGGCAAUUCAACACAAGUGCCAGCUAAGGAAGUCAAGCUUAUCACAGGUCUUCAUGGAGUUCUCAAGUUCAGGCUAGCAAGUGAAGAUGAAAGUGAACAUGCAAACAGAAGCCAUGUUGAAAAUGACAAAAAUGGAUGCUGCAUUCCAAGCGAAAAGGAAAAACACAGUUUUUGAAAGGUCUUCUUCCUUGUAAUGGUACUAGUUUUGUUUUAAAUUCUCUAAAUGGCUCUGGAAUAUUUUAUUUGUCAAAAUCGCCUUAGCCAUCCCAUUCAUGCGUAGUCAGCACUUAAGGGGUGACCAAACAUUUUUAUAAUCUAAAAAGCCUGGUAUUUUUCGCUUUCA